AUGAAUACAUCCAAGUGGUUGCCGAAACAGCACCAGGAGGUGAUCAAGCUGUUCGAGCAAUCGCGCCUACUGGAGAGAGAGCUGCGGAUAUUGGGCAAGAAGUUUGCCACCGAUAUUAAUAUUGAUCUGCCAGAUUACUAUGAAUUCGAACGGUUGCUACAACAAAGUCGCGAAUGUUUCGAACGGUCCGCCCACGUGCAGACACGGCUAAUACGGAUGUCGGCUUCGUCGGCGGACAAGAAUGUGGAGCGAAGCUUCUUCAAGAUAUUGCUCAACCGGAAGGCACAUCUGAUACGGCAGAACUUGCGUAAGCGCAAUCUUCAGCUUAUUUUUAUCAUCAACAAAAUGAUCAAGCUAAUGCUCGCCGCUACCUACACGUCGGAAAUAGUCGUCGAUGGUGCAUUGCUGCUCUGCACGCUACACAACGAAAGUGUGAUCCUGGCCCAAAAGACAACGCAAGCCCGCACCCAAACUAAUGCCCAGAUAUGUAGCAACUCUUUCCCUCCCCUAAUGUCCACACCGAAGAAGGUGGACGUGGGAACGAUCCUGCAGAUUAUUACGAAACAACGGGCAGAGGAUUGCUGCAGCACGCUGAUCAACUGUCUGCUGACCACGUGCAAAGGUGCACUGACGGUUGCGCACGAGGAGAACGAAUCGGACACGUCGAGUGUGGAAAUUUUGCGUGCCUUAACGACCAAUCUACAGGGCCCACCGGAGCCAGCAAAGCAUAUCGACCCGAUACAGGAGGAGAUGAACGUUAGGCGGAAGGCGAGCGUGAACAUGAUAUCGAGCGGGGAAAUACAUACGCGCGGGCGGGGUACACCGGGCCGGCAGGUGGUGGUAACACCGAUCGUUAGGCCGGAAUCACGCGAACUGGACGAAUCAGAACACAAUGAUCCGGCGAUAAACUUCUUCGAUGAAAUGGCCGCCGAAGCGGUGGCCUACAACUCGAUCAACUAUCUCGUCAACGAACCGGAUGGGAUGGAUUUGUUGGAGAACUUGAUUGCCGACGAGGAGAUCUUCGUCGCGAACGUGAUCAUGAAGGUGAUCAAGUACUGUCCGUCGGCGUUUGAGCGUGAGCUUACGAAAACGGAACUCAUCAAAUGGGUGAAUCGUGGUACGCGUGGACUUUGGACGCAGGUUGGUGGAUCGUUGGAGCACGUGGUGCUGUGGUGGAGUUCGUCUCCGUUGGCUUGUAGACCGGCGGCCUGUGCAAAGUAUCUGCGCGAUUGGCUAUCGUUGCUGCAGCCGGACGAAGCACCGGAACCGAUACUGUCCACGUUGAAGGGAUUGGGCGAAACGCUGACGGUGCAUGUGACGAGUACGAUUUGGGACAAACAGUUUCGGUUGGCUGUUGUGUCGUCCAGUCUACCGGUGGAUUUUUCCUUCGAGGAGGGAGAAUUUUGUGGCAAGAAUGUAAUUGUGGAAGGAACGGUGUGUGGAAAAGUUUGGAGUGAACUGCUCUAUCAGUUGGUGCAACUGUCGAACACCUGUGAUAUCGGAACCAUUGCUAACGAGCUACCGCUGGUCGAACAGAUACCGGUUCUGCAUCGGCUCGAUCAUUCCAUCCACUCGAUGCGCAUCUGGGCCGCCAACAAGGCACGAUCGCUAUGCACCGACUGGAACAUGAUGAUGUUCUUCAAGGUGGUCCACAACGACAUAGGACUGUGCCUAGAACAGUUGCAGUACAUACGAGUCCCGGAGCUAUCGGCCGACGAUCCGCUCGAAGUACAAGUGCAAGUUUGUGUUGCGCUGCGGGCGAAACUGGUUUCAGAAAUUAAAGAAAACAUUAUCAAACUGAAGGCAACCUGUACCGAGUGUAUCGAUGUUCUGGCCGCCGUCUGCCGUACGACAAGCCUUGCCUCACUGACACUCUGCUUUCCCUACUUCAAGCACUGGCAGACGGAGGUGUUGCAGGAACGGGCGAACGAAUAUGUGGCCUACUUCUUCAACCAGAUCUAUCUGCCCGUCAUACAGGCGACGAAAGACAUUGAAAUACUGAAGCUAACGUUGAAGAUCAUCUGCGAAGCAUGGCUCGAUCAUAUUUACAUGAAAAAGACGAAAUUCAGCAGUGCCGGAGCACUGAACUUGCUGAAGGAUUUUGAUGGGGUAGCCGAGUGGAUCAAUGCUUGUGAGGCGUUAGACGAACGGUUACGGGAAACGUUGUCCCACCAUGAGGUGUUGCGUAUGUGUGAGGGGGUAGGGAAGUUGCUGCUUCGGAAACCGGAGGAAACGAUAUCCAUUCUGCCAAGUCCAACGAAAGCGGGCAAGAAAAGCGAUGAAACUGCCGACGAGAAAGCACCACUGCCACCGGAAAUGUUUGUUCCGAAUCAGAAGCGUUGGCUAGAGUUGCGUGCCCGCGAUCGACGUGCGGUCAAUCUGAACUGCCUGUGUUUAUGCGCGGGCAUGGAUGUAUACUAA